UUUAUUUUCAAUUGAUGUGCAAAUGAUUUCAUUCUGUUAGAUUACCGAUCAACAAACAUCCUUUAACACUGAGAAUGAGGAUAUUUGUCGUGUAUAUUAUAUUCACAUUUGAAUUAGUUUCAGUUCAUAAUCUAUUCAUUCCAUUACAAAUACAAAAACGUGUAAUUAAUGGUCAAAAAGCUGAUAAAUUAGAAUAUCCAUGGGCUGUAUCCAUUAAAGGUACAAAUCCUGUAUACAAACAAAUCACAUAUUGUGGUUCAACAUUAGUACGAGAACGUUGGUUAAUCACUGCAGCUCAUUGUUUUUGGGCUGGAUCAUGGGCAAGAUCACACCUUUUGGAUCCCAAAAACUGGCAUGUUCAAGCUGGGAGUAACAUAAUUGAAUUGGGCGAAGAACAUGGAUAUAGAGGACAUGUACUAAAACCAGGCAUAAGUGGACGUCAUUCUCUUGUCGCUACGUUAAUCAAAAGGUUGAUUGAUCUUUACUCAAGUAAUUCAAAAGAUAAGCAAGGAGCAGUUUGGCAUACACAUUUAAAACAAAUUAUACUUCAUCCAAAUUACAGACCAGAUGAUCUAGAAUAUGAUUUGGCUUUGUUAGAAUUAGAAAACCCAUUACCGUUGGAAGAUCCAGGAGUUCAAUUAGCUGAAUUACCACCUGGCGAGGAUUAUCUAAAUUGGCCAGCGGAUCAUGUUGAAUGUAUAUUUGUUGGAUGGGGUUGUCGAGUAAAAAAUGGCAAACCAUCAGCACAAGCUCAAGCUGUGCAUUUAAUAACAUUAAAAAAUAAAGAUUGUUCAUUAAUGUAUGGCAAUGCAGCAGGUUUAAAUGAUCAUCAUGAAUUUUGUGCUGGUUAUUAUCAAGGACGAGUCGGAAUAUGUUCAGGAGAUAGUGGAAGUGGUUUGAUUUACAAAACAGGUAACAAAAACUACGUUGUUGGUGUAGCUUCAGCGACACAUGCCACAGCACCGGAGCUUUAUCCAGGAUUAUUCACGAGGGUUUCAUAUUUUAGAAAUUGGAUCGAUGAAGUGAUAGAUGGACCGGUUUCUAAAAACUCAACUAGUUCAAAUUAAUGAAGUAUACAUUUAACCGUAUUUGUUAUAUUAUCAAUAUGCUUCAUGGUUUCAGUCAGUCUAUUUGAAUACCAAACUACAUUAAAGUGGUAUUGCACUUGUUUCAUGUUGAUUCAUUUUAUUUUUCAUUACGUGUAAUGCAUAUUCUGUAAUAACACACUCAAUAAAUUUUUGAAAACUUAA